GGAAACUAUUAAAGUUCUAAUUUCGAAAUGGUUUAUCUGAAGGACCGUUCUAGUGGGUUUGCCGCCAGAACACAGGUGUCCUGAAGAUGACUCCUAAAAGCCAAAUUGGAAAAGAAUAGAGUCAUAUCAACAUCAUCAUUAUUGGACACACAGAUCUGGGCCAGUCCACCACUGCUGGCCAUCUGAUAUACACAUGUGGUGGCACUGACAAAAGAAACAUUGAAAAAGCUGAAAAAAGAGACUGCUGAGAUGGAAAAGGGCUCCUUCAAGUAUGCCUGGGUAUUGGAUAAACUGAAAGCAGAGCAUGAACAUACUGCAUCAUACCACCUCAUCCAACUGCAAGCCACUUUGCUGCCUCUCCAAGAUGACUCUAAAAUUGACGAUAUCGGUACUGUCCCUGUGGGCUGAAUGGAGACUGGUGUUCUCAAACCCAGCAUACUGGUCACCUUUGCUUCAGUCAAUGUUAAAACUGAAGUAAAGUCUAUUGAAAUGCACCAUGAGGCUCCUAGUGAAGAUCUUCCUGGGGAUAAUGUGGGCUUCAAUGUCAAAAAUAUGCCUGUCAAAGAUGUUCAUUGUGGCAAUGUUGCUGGUGAUAGCAAAAAUGACCCACCAGUGGAAACAGCUGGCCUCACUGCUCAGGUGAUUAUCCUGAACCAACCAGACCAAAUCAGUGCUGACUGUGAAUCUGUACUGGAUUGUCACACAACUCAAAUUGCUUGCAAGGUUGCUGAGCUGAAGGAAAAGAUUGAUUGCAAUUCUGGUAAGAAGCUGGAAGAUGAUCCUAAAUUAUUAAAUGCUGAUGAUGCUGCCAUCCUUGAUAUGGUUCCUGGCAAGCCCAUGUGUGUUGAGAACUUCUCUGACUGGCCUCCUCUGGGUUGUUUUGCUGUUUGUGAUAUAACAGUUGCUACGGGUGUCAUCAAAGCAGUGGACAAGAAGGCAAGGUCAUCAAAGGUGUCAUCAAAGCAGGGGACAAGAAGGCAAGGUAUUGCCAAGGAGCUGGCAAGGUCUGCAAGUCUGCUCAGAAAGCUCAGAAGGCUAAACAAAUGUUAUCCCUAAUACCUGCCAUCCCAGUCUUAGUCAUUGGUAGAAAAUGUUCUCAGAACUGUGUGUUUCAAUUGGUCAUUUAAAUUUAAUAGUAACAGACAGAUUAAUUAAAACAAUGCAUUGUUAAACCUUCAGAAGGAAAGAAUGUUUUGUGGACCAUUUUGUUUUUUCUGAUAUGUGGUCAUUUUAAGUUAUUCAUUUUAAAAAUCGGUACUUUUUAAUGGAAACAGCUUAACCAAAAAUCUGUCACAGAGUUUUAAGAACCAUUAAAACAAAAUUUAAUGAGAAAAAAAAACAUUUGGGAAAUUCUCAUUUAGCAUUUGAGAGAAACAGAGAAAGCUUGGAGUAGCUGCCCCAGGGAGGUGAAUGAAGAGUCAAAGAGGGGUAAGUCAAGUGUUUUUUACAAAGCACCCAUAACUUAGAGAUUUUAUGGAGCACAAAUAUUGUACAAUUGGUUAGUCUAUUUUAUUUGCUUUCUUUAUAAAUGAAGUAGAUACUGAAAUAUACAAAGUUUUGGGCGUUAGCAAAAGUUAGAGGCAAAAAUCAAGAGGGUAUGUAAUACUAAAUCAUUUAAAAAUUAUAUGUAUAAAAUGGUUAGACUAUGGAAAGAUUUUCUUCCAUUUAUCCACACUAUUUACCUAAGCCAGAUGACUGGCAAUUUUAUCUAAAUUUCUCCUUCAUCAUCUCACAUCAGGUGGGUUGCAAAAGCAUAUCAUUACACUUCUUAA